CAGAGGCUGGGGGCCGCGCUGCUGCUGUUGCCGCUGCUCGCCGCGGUGGAAGAAACGCUGAUGGACUCAACCACAGCGACGGCGGAGCUCGGCUGGAUCGUGCAUCCUCCCUCAGGGUGGGAAGAGGUGAGUGGCUACGAUGAGAACAUGAACACGAUCCGCACGUACCAGGUAUGCAAUGUGUUUGAAUCAAGCCAGAACAACUGGCUACGGACCAAGUUCAUCCGGCGCCGCGGCGCCCACCGCAUCCACGUGGAGAUGAAGUUCUCGGUGCGUGACUGCAGCAGCAUCCCCAGUGUGCCCGGCUCCUGCAAGGAGACCUUCAACCUCUAUUACUACGAGGCUGACUCUGAGGUGGCCACCAAGACCUUUCCCAAGUGGAUGGAGAAUCCAUGGGUGAAGGUGGACACCAUCGCAGCCGAUGAGAGCUUCUCUCAGGUGGACCUGGGUGGCCGGGUCAUGAAGAUCAACACCGAGGUGAGGAGCUUCGGGCCCGUGUCCCGCAGUGGCUUCUACCUGGCGUUCCAGGACUAUGGCGGCUGCAUGUCUCUCAUCGCUGUGCGCGUCUUCUACCGCAAGUGCCCCCGCAUCAUCCAGAACGGCGCCAUCUUCCAGGAGACGUUGUCAGGGGCCGAGAGCACGUCGCUGGUGGCUGCCCGGGGCAGCUGCAUUGCCAAUGCUGAGGAGGUGGACGUGCCCAUCAAGCUGUACUGUAACGGGGACGGCGAGUGGCUGGUGCCCAUCGGGCGCUGCAUGUGCAAAGCAGGCUUCGAGGCCGUGGAGAAUGGCACCGUCUGCCGAGCUUGUCCAUCGGGAACCUUUAAGGCUAACCAAGGGGACGAGGCCUGCACCCAUUGUCCCAUCAACAGCCGGACCACUUCCGAAGGGGCCACCAACUGCGUCUGCCGCAUUGGGUACUACCGAGCAGACCUGGACCCGCUGGACAUGCCCUGUACAACCAUCCCCUCUGCACCCCAGGCCGUGAUCUCCAGCGUCAACGAGACCUCACUCAUGCUCGAGUGGACCCCGCCCCGCGACUUGGGAGGCCGUGAGGAUCUCGUCUACAACAUCAUCUGUAAGAGCUGCGGCUCGGGCCGGGGCGCCUGCACCCGCUGCGGGGACAACGUGCAGUAUGCGCCCCGCCAGCUGGGCCUGACUGAGCCACGCAUCUACAUCAGUGACCUGCUGGCCCACACCCAGUACACCUUCGAGAUCCAGGCCGUGAAUGGCGUCACCGACCAGAGCCCCUUCUCGCCUCAGUUCGCCUCUGUGAACAUCACCACCAACCAAGCAGCUCCAUCGGCUGUGUCCAUCAUGCACCAGGUGAGCCGCACAGUGGACAGCAUCACCCUGUCGUGGUCCCAGCCCGACCAGCCCAACGGCGUCAUCCUGGACUAUGAGCUGCAGUACUAUGAGAAGGAGCUCAGUGAGUACAACGCCACAGCCAUAAAAAGCCCCACCAACACGGUCACAGUGCAGGGCCUCAAAGCCGGCGCCAUCUAUGUCUUCCAGGUGCGGGCACGCACCGUGGCGGGCUACGGGCGCUACAGCGGCAAGAUGUACUUCCAGACCAUGACAGAAGCCGAGUACCAGACAAGCAUCCAGGAGAAGCUGCCUCUCAUCAUCGGCUCCUCGGCGGCUGCCCUGGUCUUUCUCAUUGCCGUGGUUGUCAUCGCCAUUGUGUGUAACAGACGGGGGUUUGAGCGUGCCGACUCGGAGUACACGGACAAGCUGCAGCACUACACCAGUGGCCACAUGACCCCAGGCAUGAAGAUCUACAUCGACCCUUUCACCUACGAGGACCCCAAUGACGCGGUGCGGGAGUUUGCCAAGGAAAUUGACAUCUCCUGUGUCAAAAUUGAGCAGGUGAUCGGAGCAGGGGAGUUUGGUGAGGUAUGCAGUGGCCACCUGAAACUGCCAGGCAAGAGAGAGAUCUUUGUAGCCAUCAAGACGCUCAAGUCGGGCUAUACUGAGAAGCAGCGCCGGGACUUCCUGAGUGAGGCCUCCAUCAUGGGCCAGUUCGACCACCCCAACGUCAUUCACCUGGAGGGUGUUGUCACCAAGAGCACACCAGUGAUGAUCAUCACUGAAUUCAUGGAGAAUGGCUCUCUGGACUCCUUCCUCCGGCAAAACGAUGGGCAGUUCACGGUCAUCCAGCUGGUGGGCAUGCUGCGGGGCAUCGCAGCUGGCAUGAAGUACCUGGCAGACAUGAACUACGUCCACCGCGACCUGGCCGCCCGCAACAUCCUCGUCAACAGCAACCUGGUCUGCAAGGUGUCUGACUUUGGCCUCUCGCGCUUUCUGGAGGAUGAUACCUCGGACCCCACCUACACCAGUGCCCUGGGUGGGAAGAUCCCCAUCCGCUGGACGGCCCCAGAAGCCAUUCAGUACCGGAAGUUCACCUCAGCCAGCGACGUGUGGAGCUACGGUAUCGUCAUGUGGGAGGUGAUGUCCUACGGGGAGCGGCCGUACUGGGACAUGACCAACCAGGAUGUAAUCAAUGCCAUAGAGCAGGACUACCGGCUGCCACCGCCCAUGGACUGCCCAAGCGCCCUGCACCAGCUCAUGCUGGACUGCUGGCAGAAGGACCGCAACCACCGGCCCAAGUUCGGUCAGAUCGUCAACACGCUGGACAAGAUGAUCCGCAACCCCAACAGCCUCAAAGCCAUGGCGCCCCUCUCCUCCGGGAUCAACCUGCCGCUGCUCGACCGCACGAUCCCGGACUACACCAGCUUUAACACAGUGGACGAGUGGCUGGAGGCCAUCAAGAUGGGGCAGUACAAGGAGAGCUUCGCCAACGCUGGCUUCACCUCCUUCGAUGUCGUCUCACAGAUGAUGAUGGAGGACAUUCUCCGGGUUGGGGUCACCUUGGCUGGCCACCAGAAAAAAAUCCUGAACAGUAUCCAAGUGAUGCGGGCACAGAUGAACCAGAUCCAGUCUGUGGAGGUUUGACGUUCACCAACCUCGGCUCACCUCUUCCUCCAGGCCCUGCCCCCUCCCCCCCACACGCUGGCCCCCCUGGUUCUCUGACCACUGAAGGGUCAGCCACCUGCCAGGAGGCCACAGCAACAGGAAGAACCAAGCAGCGUGCCAGCCACCAGACGUCACCAAGAACACGUGGAACUCAGAUGAUGGAAAAAAAAUGGGAAUGGGGGCAAAAGAAAAUAGAUCCUGGGAGGGGGCGGGGAAAUACAAGGAAUAUUUUUUAAAGAGGAUUCUCUUA